AUGACUGAAACUGCAGUUUGCGUUGGAACAUUCACUGCUGUGAAGACACUUUGGGAAGUGAGAAUACACAAGAUAAAUGAAGAAUUACGGAAAGAAAAGGAAUUCAGACAGAGGUCUGCAGGAAGGCUACUACUCAUCUGGGAGGAGAGAGCUGCUUUAGCAAAGCUCAAAGAAAAAGUUAUUAAUGAAGACGGAAGAGCAAUUUUAAGGAUAGAGGAAGAAGAAUGGAAGACACUACCUUCGUGCUUAUUGAAACUAGUCCAUCUCCAGGAAUGGCAGCUUCACAGAACUAGCUUGCAGAAAAUUCCUCAGUUCGUUGGAAGAUUUCACAAUCUUGUUGUUCUGGAUCUAUCUCGGAACUCAAUUGAAAGUGUACCUAAAGAAAUUGGCCACCUGACUAGCCUCCAAGAGCUGCUUCUCAGUUACAAUAGAAUAAAGUCUGUUCCUAAGGAAAUAAGUAACUGUGUCAGUCUGGAAAGAUUGGAACUGGCUGUCAACAGGAGUAUCUGUGAUCUUCCUCCUCAGCUCAGUGAUUUAAAGAAGCUUUCACACAUAGAUUUGUGCAUGAAUCAGUUUACUGCCAUCCCUUCAGCUCUUCUCAACAUGCCAAAUCUAGAAUGGUUAGAUAUGGGGGGAAAUAAACUCCAGGAGCUUCCUGAUGCAAUUGACAGAAUGGAAAAUCUCCACACUUUAUGGCUCCAAAGGAAUGAGAUAAACUCUUUACCAGAAACCAUUGGUAAUAUGAAAAAUCUUAAUACUCUUGUUCUUAGCAACAACAAACUUAAGGAUAUUCCAGCUUGUAUGAAGGACAUGACAAAUCUGAGAUUUGUCAACUUCAGAGACAACCCACUGGAGUUAGAGGUAACACUCCCGCCAUGUGAGAAUACAGAAGAGGAGGAGCAACAGGAAAUGUUCGGCAUUGAAUUCAUGCACAUGUAUAUCCAGGAGUCACUCAAGAAAACAGGAAAUCUGGAAAGUUGUACUUCUGGUCCUUCUCCUAUCAUAAAUGCUAAUGAAUAA